AAUUAUAAGGAGGACGAUGCAGGCUUCAUUUCUUGGUUCAAGAAAGAAGUUGGAAAUUCCUAUGAACCGAACAAGAGCAAGACGUUAGAUGAUCUAUUAGCACUUUCUCGAGGCCCUGCUCAAACUGUCAAAUCUUAUACAGGUUAUGUAUUAAAUGGUUAUCGUUUUCACACAAAGGAUCAUGACAAGAAUUUGAGGACGCAAAAUUCUGGAGUCAUAGUAGUUGGUGAUGAUGGAGUAGAUGUGAAUGCUAUAAACUACUAUGGGGUUUUGAGAGAGGUCAUUGAGUUGCAAUUUCUUGGAGGAAGGUCAUUGGCUUUGUUUAGGUGUGACUGGUGUGAUGUAUAUGAUAAGACAAAGGGGCUGAAAGUGGAUGAACAUGGAUUUGUGAGUGUCAACCUCAGUAGAAUGUUGAAGACAAAUGAACCAUUUGUUCUAGCGAGUCAAGUAUCCCAGGUUUUCUAUGUUGAAGACAAUAUGAAUCGGAACUGGCACUUGGCUAUAAAGGUGCCACCUCGAGCUGUUGAUGGUUUCCAAAAUGAAGAGGUUCAACAUAUCAACUGAAGACAUAUUACAUGCAUCAAAUCAAAGAAGAGAGCUUAGACUGAAUUGCUAUAAGAGAUCACUAGGAUGCCUCAUGUUGAAGAUUGUUAAUUCGAGUGAAGGCUGGGGCUGUCUUCUUGUGGAUUUUCUGAAGAAGCACUCGAUGGAUAUGCAGAAGUAUUUCUCGUGGAACUAGGAAAGGAUGAAUGGUAAUUUGUUAUAGGUCAUGAUGCUAUUGUGUACUGACAACUCCGGCUCCGUUCCCUUUUUGUUUCAACUAUCUUUUCUAUUUCAGACACUUGAAUUUAUAUAUGU